GUUUUGACUCUGUGACGAGGUUUAUGUUGCCAUUUCAGAAAAAAGAAAAAGAAAAGAGGAAGGUCUUUGGUUUGCUUUAGCGUACUACUAAACGAAGCCGGAGAGAGAGCCCACGAGACAGGAGGAUCUCUGUCUUGGAGGACUCAACUACUGCUCCAAUGGACUCCUUCCUUUCUCUCUUUCUUUUUCUUUCUAAGAUCAGAUCCAUGUGAUAUCCCAGCCAAUGGUUUGGGCUAGUUCUUUGUAAGGUUUGUCAUAUAGUAUACUUUGUCCAGAUACGUGGUAUCUUAUUCUUCACGUUUACCGUCAUUGUCAACUUUGACAACUAACUGUGGAAGAGUCAUGUUUCUUUUAUCCUGAAUUAAGUACGGUUUAUGUGAGUGCGUAUAUAAUCAAAACGAAAACAAUCUAUUGACUAAAAGAAGUUUCAGCUUUCUGUUAAUUUGGGGGGUUGGGUGCCUUCUUAAAAGGCUGAACGGAAUCUUGAAACUAGAAAGCCAGAGGAGGUUGAGAUUCUCAUUCGUGUUUGUUUGGAGAGAAUUUUGGUAUGGCUGUUGCUCUUAGCAACAGCAGCAGUGAACCAUCAUCAACACGGCUGGGCAACUCUUACAAAGUUGCAAGCUUAAAUACAACAGUUUUGGAGGCAAAUCAGAACUCAAAUCUGAAAGAUCAGUACACACUUGGUGAGCAAUUGGGUUGGGGGCAGUUUGGUGUCAUCAGGGCAUGUACUGAUAAGUCAACAGGGGAGGCAUUAGCCUGCAAAUCAAUUGCUAAAGAUAGACUGGUGACCUCAGAUGAUGUUAGGAGCAUCAAGCUUGAAAUUGAGAUUAUGACAAGGCUUUCUGGGCACCCAAAUGUUGUAGAUCUAAAGGCAGUUUACGAAGAGGAAGACUAUGUUCAUUUGGUUAUGGAGCUUUGUGCUGGAGGGGAGCUUUUCCACAAGUUAGAGAAGCAUGGGAGAUUCUCCGAGUGUGAAGCAAGGGUUUUCUUUAGGCAUCUCAUGCAGGUAGUUCUGUAUUGUCAUGAAAAUGGGGUUGUUCACAGAGAUUUGAAGCCUGAGAACAUCCUCCUGGCCACGAAAGCAUCAUCCUCUCCAAUUAAAUUGGCAGAUUUUGGACUUGCUACAUAUAUUAAGCCUGGACAGAAUUUACAUGGUUUAGUUGGGAGUCCAUUUUAUAUAGCUCCAGAGGUACUUGCAGGGGGCUAUAACCAGGCUGCAGAUGUUUGGAGCGCCGGCGUAAUUCUUUACAUUCUACUCAGUGGGAUCCCACCGUUUUGGGGAAAGACUAAGUCACGGAUAUUUGAUGCUGUUAGGCUAGCUGAUCUUAGGUUCCCAUCUAAUCCUUGGGAUCAUAUUUCAGAAUCAGCUACAGAUUUGAUUAAGAGAAUUCUUUGUACAGAUCCUUCUCAAAGGCUUAGUGCUCAGCAGGUUUUAGAUCAUUCAUGGAUGACUACAAAUGAAUCAAAGCCCGAACAACCAAGUCGAUGUGAAAACCAAAGUUGUGGGGCGUGGGAUGAGGGUGGCUGCUCAUUUUCUUCUCCAUUCAUGUCCAGGAAUCAAGACCUCAGUUUUGGCAAUGAAUCACCAAUUAAUUCUGACAACACUCAGUUACCUGCAUUCACAUGCAGAUCAUCUUUUUCUUCGUUCCUAGUGGAACCAUUAACUCCUUGCUUAGCAUCUGGUGGGUUUUCAUUUCGCAGCUGUGGCAAUUCCAUUGGUAUUGGUUCCGAUGUCGCUUCACCUAUUCCGUCAAUGCCAAGCUUUGCAUUCUUCAGCCCCGGUUCUGUUGUUGAGAAAGCAUAUUCUAUGGAAGAGGUAUCAGCCAACACAUCCAGAGUAGAAGCAAUACAUGAAGAGGCAAGCUUGGAAAAGUUGCUAAUGUUGUCUAGACAUCUGGAGAACAACAAGCCAAGUGAAAUCAAAAGAGCAGGGCUACCAUGUUGGUCUAGGGUAGCAGGCAUUCACAGCAAGAGAAACCACACGAUUGGGCUCGGUGAGCAUGAGAAACUUGAUUUGAUAGUGACAGAAUCAGUCAUUCGUUGGUCGUCUUGCACACACUUACCCACUUCUCUUAGAUCAUCCCUUGUCUGUUGAAACUAGACCACAAGAAUUGUGGGACUAAUCUGAUGUGUUGGGUUGUACAAAAUUAGUGGACACCCAUGAGAGCUUCUCUUUCACUGAUGUUUUUCUACUGGUUUUUUGGUCGUGUAUGUAUCAUAUAGUGCCUCUUUCAUGUUUAAGUUCAGCCUAGGUAUUAUGGGGGGUGGUGUUUUUGUCUUUCUGAUUUGUUGACAAGGGUAACAAGAAGCUGUGGCUAGUGUGGGGAAUUUCCUUGUAAAAAUUAGUGUGAUCUUGGCAGUACAAAGUUUUUCUACGGUUCAGUUCCUAAAGAAAUAACAUCAAAUUUUCUUUAAAGAGAAUAUUACUUAA